GUCAAACAUAGCCAGGGGGGUGACGUUUAUUUUGUUGUUGUUGUUGUUGUUUUGUUUUGUUUUUUGUAACAAUGGUAGAAAUCAUAACCCAACUUUAUCAAAGUUUAUUAUUGUUAUUCGUAGUUAUAAAACGUAUUUGACUGAUCAUUUUAAUUGGUUGUUUAAUUAUGGGUUUAAUCCAAAUCUCAAUAAGUCAAAAUAAUAUAGGCAAUAAAUAAAAAUAAAAUUGUACCUAAUCUGUUCUGUCACUGGAAAGUUCAGGAGGAAAAAACCUCUAUGGCUUCAGUACAUAGAGAAAUAUAUUUGUACACAUUUAAAUAAGGAGCUGAAUAUUUGCACAGGUGUGUUAUGCCCAAAAACACCUUUCCCACUGAACACCUCACUAAUGCUCCUGCGGAAAGCCUUGCCAGAAGAGUGGAGGUUAUUAUAACAGCAGAGUGGGGAAUACAUCUGGAAUGGGAUGUUCAGAAAGCACAUAUGAGUGUGAUGGUCAGUUGUUCACAAACUUUUGGCCACAGUGAAUAGUUGGUGUACGUGUAAUGGACUUCUUAAUGAACUCCUGUUGGGUCUCGCGCCUGAAGCUCGCUGCCUGAGGUAGCACAGCACAAGCCCCAAAUACCCGCUACAACAAUAAAAGAUGUUUUAAAAAAGUCACUUUUGUCUUUUGGAAAUACACGGUAUCAUAUAAUUUGCUGGUAUAAUAUCACAGACGGCACACUUCAUCACCAAACCGGGAACUUUCCAUCAGCACUUCUGAGGCGCCGUCAGUGGCGCGCGCGAGCUCAGUGGCGCUACACCUCCAGAUAGCAAUUAGCUAAUAGUGACAGGUUUGUCUUGACGAUUUCUGCUUUAGGUCGAAAGAUGGAACAUGUUUCUACACACAACAGUGUUUCAAUAUCAGACCUGAGCCCGAAUAUCACACGUCCGAAUGUGGUCGGGAUUAUCAUUGGAAAGACUGAUGCAAGAGGAUUCCCUGACAGGAAAAAUGUUGGUUCAGAACGAUUCACUUUUAGCUUUACAAUUAAAGACUCACCAGACCAUUUCAUUAAUGUAUCUUCAUGGGGCACUGAAGAAUACAUUCAAAGCCUUUGCAGCCAUAUCAAAAUAGGAGAUUGUGUUGUCAUUGAAAAUCCUCUUGUUGCUACUAAAGAUCCAGAGAAAGAGGACCGAUUCUGUCCUUCAACCCCGAGUUUUUACAGAUUGUUGGUGACAGAAGCUCACUCAGCCAUAAGAAUGUGUACAGAUUUAGACAUGGAAAGUAGACUGCUUUCCCUGUUCCACAUCCCAGUGAAGGACUCGGGAGAUUUCUACUCACUGGGAGACAUUACUGCAAAUGGACGAAGCCUAGAUGGGAACUUCAUUAAUAUUCUAGCUGCUGUGCGAUCGAUUGGAGAGCCAAAGUACUUCACUACUUCAGAUGGGCGAAAAGGGCAGAAGCUAGAGAUUAAACUGUUUGAUGAAACUUUGACAUCCUUCCCUUUCAUAUGCUGGGAUCGAGAAACAAUUCAGUUUGUGCAGACCCUGCCACCACGAGAGACAGUGCUCUUCAUAGUGGAUGCUCGCAUCAGCUUUGAUACUUUUCGUAACUGUAUGGUGGCAACAGCUACCUCAAAAACAAUCAUUACUGUGAACCCUGAUACAUUAGAAGCCAACCAGCUCUUCAGUUAUGCCAAGGAAUUAUCAGAAAGUGAACAGCUAGAUGAGCCAGAGAUAGAAGUGAAUGUUAAUGUUCCCUUAGACUCCAUUAGUGAUGUACUGACAGUGAGUCAAGUUAAAGCCAAAGCCCAAAAAAGCUCUGAUGCCUUUUAUGGUGUGAUAUAUGGGUUCAUAACCACUUUAGGAUUAGAUUCCUGCAUUACUAAAGUCAUUCGCAGCAGGUGUGACAGAUGCAAAUUUCGUGUCCUUGAGGAGAUUGAGGUCUGCACUAACGCUGCCUGUCCAAAACAAGGACAAGCAGGUGAAGUCAGUGCAGCCUUUGAUCUGCUGGUGGAUAUCAGUGAUCACACAGGAACUCUGCAGAGCUGCAACCUGUCAGGCACAGUUGCUGAGAAAACACUGGGAUGUACUUCCAAGGAAUUUGUGUGUCUCUCAGAGUCUGAUCGGACGGCCAUGAAGUGGAAGUUUCUGCUGGAAAGAUGCAAAAUUUAUGUAAAGGUGUUACCAUCAACAAAAAGCAAAACUGGCAUGAGGACAAGCAUCCUGUCUUGCACCCUUGCCGAUCCAGUGGAAGUGAAGCAUAGCUUGUCUGUCGAUCAGCUGAGUGCGAGUUGCUCACCAGUUCUGACUAAUAGACACAGGAUACGAGUUCAAAGUAGUGUUAGUGUUCUAUAACCGAGUCAGGCAGUAUUAAUAUUUGAUCUGAAACAAAUGUUGUUGACGUGGAAAAUAUCUUGUUUGUAUUCUGUUUUGGUUAUAUUUGAUACGUAUUUGUGUAUGAAAUGUUCUCCUCAAACAUUCAUUUGCUUUCAGAAGUUGCUCUGGUGGCCCUUUCUCUAAGCCGGAACUAUUAAAUGUGUUGCGUGUUUCAGUGGGAAUGUGUUCGGAUGGGCAUCGGCUUGGUUUUUGCCAUUCUUGUAAAUAAAGAAUAUUUAAUUGA